AUAUUUAACAGAUAAAUCGGUAUGAAAAGUAGUUACCUGAAGUAAUUAUAGUUACAUAAUGAUAUGUACCAGGUGUCCAAGCAUUCAGAAUGUGUAAAUGUUACGGACAUAGUUGACCUGUAUAAGGUAGAAAUGGUAGAGAGACGUUCACAAACGAAAAAUACAGCAGAACAUUCUGCUUUAUAGUCACUUCAUAGCCACUGAAUGUAUACAAAUUCAAAUAUUUUUAUUCGCCAAGAACGUCACUACUUCGAACAUGAUCAAAAUAAUCGUUAACAUUUUAUUUUUCAUUGUCGUCAAUGCCUAUAGUGAUGAAAGCUACAGGAAGGGUACAACAGGAUCGAACGACUUCGAUGUUUUAAUUUUCACUCAACACUGGCCUCAAACAGUUUGUUUUACGUGGAAAGAAAAUUCACCAUCGCAUAAAUGUUCGUUACCGAAAGAACACGAUGAAUGGACAAUUCAUGGUAUUUGGCCUACCAAAUACCAUGAAAUGGGUCCAGAAUUUUGCAAUAGAACGAUGCCGUUCAAUUCAACCGCAUUGAAACCUUUGGAAGGAGAAUUGCAAGAAAAAUGGAUAGACAUAGAAUUGGGAAGAACAUCUUACUCUUUUUGGCAACACGAAUGGGAUAAACAUGGUACUUGCGCGACAGUAUUAGAACAGUUAAACACCGAAGUUAAAUAUUUUAGAAAAGGUCUCGAUUUAAUAACAACCUAUGAUAUGAAAAACGUAUUAGCAACGGUUAAUAUUAUACCUGGACAAACGUAUAAAGUGACGACUAUUCUUAAUGCCGUGGCACGAGUAUUAGGUAAACAAGGAAUGGUAACUUGCAAAAAAAAUAAGAACACUAGAAUGUCGUAUAUAUUUGAGAUACGAAUUUGUUUUGAUAAGAAGUUACAAUUAAUCGAUUGUGUUGGAGUUCUCGACUACCCUACGGAUUGUGGUAAUUUUGAAGAUGUAAUAUAUCCAAGCAGUGUACCGCAACGAUACAGUGUAGUACAAGUAUAAGAGACGAGUAAGAAGGAAAAACGUGAAAUAUUUAUUUCAAUUAAUAGCGUAUACCUUUUGAUGCUAAUUGGAAUUGCAGAAUCGUCGAAUCAUGAAUAAUUAUAAACUAGAAAUGUCUAUAUAAAAUAGUGCUGAAAGUUUGGUAUAUUAAUUAAAAACAAGAAAUGUUCACUCUCUGCUAGAAUGAAACAAAAAAAUUUUUCAUUCUUUCUAUCUCUAUUAUUUCUGGUUGGUGCAAAGUCAAACGUAAUAUACAAAGUCUCAUGGAUAAUGUGAGAAAGAAGAUACGUUAUUUACGUUAGUUAGAUGAUUGGUGGAAGAGAUGUAGUCCAACUUAUAUUUUCAUCUUUGUUGAUAUAAUUAGACAGACAGGACACAUAUCUUCUUUAUUUGUCGGAAUAUCAGCCUGUGCCCCAAUCACCAUACUCGAACAUCGUUUCAAAGUGACGCAUAGUAUCUGAAUAUUAAUAAAAUAGAUAUAUUUU